AGAGAAACAAAGAACAGCUGAAGAAAAUAAUCACCAAGAAAACUUCAGCCCAGAAAAUCCCUACAUUAAUGACAUGCAAAUAUUCUCUGAACCUACAGAAACAUCUCCUGCUAAAACCUCAGAAACUGGAA